AUGGUGCAUGGGUGCACCUGGUGCACUGUAGAAGGUGCCGUACUGUCUCGACGGCGCAAACCGGUGGCAGAGGACGGGUCGGACUCGCUUGAAUCGUCUCAGAGCUGCGUCGACCUUUCGGACCUUGCGAUCGUUGUGUCGUCGUGGGAAGAUGCGUUAGAGUUGUUGGGUUGUGCGGCGUUCACGGCAGCAGCGGCGGCGGCGCUGAUAUUGUUGGGAAACGUCAUCGUCGCGGAAGCUUCGACUUCGCCUUCGGCGUUCGUACAGAACGUCAUCUACUCAACAAGAUUGCCAUCUUCUCCAAUUCCUAUUGCCCAGACUGGGAAAGGGGAAGUGGGUAGACAGAGCCAAACUCUCACCCAGAAGCAGCUCCUCAUCACUUUCAUGUGGUACAACAAAAUUUCAGGCCAAAGCUUCACCAUCAGCGUUGGGGACAAAGACAAUACCUCUUCAUCAUUCAAAUUCAACUUCAAUUCACAUGCAUCUGGCUGGGAGAUUUUAGCUCCCACGCAUCUGGCUUCUCUUGCUCCUUGCAGUGCUUGUAGCAAUUGUUGGUGUGGGUGCUUUUCUGUGGUGGGCAAGGCAGGAUAUGGUUCAAGACAGUGCAAGGCAACUACUAUUUUUUCUCUUGCUGACUUCUUAAAGCUCAUAGUUUUCUUCAACUGUGGUAUCAAACAUCUAUUGUUGCCCAGUGAAAACACAACCCAAGUUGUUGAGUGCUUUAAUUUCCAUGCUCUCAAUUUGGUCAUUCCCUCUACCAGUUUGGCACCUACAAGUGACUAGUAAAACCUAUUAUUUAUGUCUUCAAUUAUUUUUUAAAAAUAUAUUAGGUCUUACAUGAUGUUUUGGCAUUUGUGGAUGGUUAAUUUAUCAAUCUACAGAUCUUCUAGUGGAUAGUGUACCGUGUACCGAAACGCUCUAUGAUUUUCUUUUAUUUGGAGUUGACAAUUAAGUAAUGUUGGCGUGCUCUUGAUUUCAAAAAA